UAGAUGAUGUACAUCAAAAUGAUUAGAGAAUAGUCAUAAGGAGCUCUUUAUCACCUCCAGUUUCUUAUCUCACGGUACUAUGUUUUCUUGGUAGUUCCCAUUAAUUAAAGCAAACCUCAAAGCAUUGAGCUUGUCUUCAUUUAGGAGAAUCAAGAUGAGCACAAGUUAUACCAGCAAGAGGCUAGAAGGGAAGGUGGCUUUGAUUACUGGUGGAGCAAGUGGAAUAGGUGAAUCAAGCGUAAGGCUGUUUAUCAAACAUGGAGCAAAGGUCAUUAUUGCAGAUGUCCAAGACAAGCUUGGCAAUUCUCUUUGCAAAGAACUCGGCUCAGAAGAAAUCAUCUCUUAUGUCCGUUGCGAUGUAACAUGUGAUUCCGAUGUUCAAAACGUAGUGGAUUUCUCCAUUUCCAAGUAUGGAAAGCUUGACAUCAUGUUCAGCAAUGCGGGAAUUUCAGGUAAAGUGUAUCCCGGCGUUGUAGCCACGGAGAAUGAAGACUUCAAAAGGGUUUUUGAUGUUAAUGUCUUCGGAGCUUUCUUAGCAGCCAAAGAUGCUGCCAGGGUCAUGAUUCCAGCAAGAAAAGGAUGUAUACUCUUUACUGCAAGCAACCUUUCAGUGACUUGCAGCAAGGGUAUGCAUCCUUAUGUCGCAUCUAAGCAUGCUGUGGUUGGCUUGGCCAAAAAUCUCAGUGUGGAGUUGGGUCAAUAUGGGAUCAGGGUGAAUUGUAUUUCACCAUCUGCAAUCGUAACUCCAUUAAUGAGGGAAUUUGCAGGAGUAGAGGAAAUAGAGAAGGAGAAGAUCCAGGAAUUGAUCUUGGCUACAGGUAACUUGAAAGGUAUUCUGCUGGAAACAGAAGAUGUAGCAGAGGCAGCAAUUUAUUUGGGAAGUGAUGAGUCCAAGUAUGUAAGUGGGAUUAAUCUGAUGAUUGAUGGAGGUUUAAGUCUUACAAACCCCUCCUUUGAAAAGGAAGUUGAAAAAUUACACUCUUGAGUCACUCUAUUUUAGGUUUGAAAUAACUAGUUGGAUGUUUACGUAUAAUGAGAAGCUUUUAAUAAUUAAUCCCUUCUGUACGGAGUUCAGCUUCUGCUUUGUUUAGCCACUGAAAUUUUCUGUUGCUUCUAUAUAUGAUUAUGGGUCAAUUAAGCUUUUCUUAUAAUCCAAGAUAAAUUUUGGUUUGAUU